AAGAGAAGAGUAUUUAUUUUGUGGCUUGAUCGGCUUGUGUUCUAGGCUAGGGCGUGUAAUCAUGGCGGCGGCCGCCGACGACGACGAAAUUGGCCGCGUGAUGUCUUUAUUCUUCACCGACGGCGUGCUGGGGUUGGACGGCGGCGUUUCCGAUCAGGCCGAGCGGGAGGAGUACGACGAGGAGGACGAAAGUGGGUGCCUGGAGCCCUUCUUCUACGACGAGGCUGAGGCCGUGGCCGAGGCCGCUGUGGCGGCAGAGAAGCGGCGGCUGCAGGAAGAGGAGCGCGCGCGGGAGCAGGAGCAGCGCGCCAAGGAGAAGAAGGCGAGGAAGGCCCUGUUCAAGAGGAUCAGGAAGUACGAUCCCAAGAGGGGAACUUUCUACUUCACCCGAUACUCCUUCGGCAACCCGCUCACCUUCGACCUCAACGAAGAAUCUCCUCUUGGUCCAAUGCGAUACACUGACAAAAUCUACUCUGAACACGAGGAAACAUUCCGGAAGUGCAGCUCAGCAAACAUUCUUUCAGUGAAGAUAGUAAGCUCAGAUGAUGAUCCAUUGAUCUUGACUGGCCCAAAUCGUGGACUUGUGUUAAUAGAUGAUAUAAAUUUUGAGGUUGAUCUCAGAAUUAAAGAUGACCGAUUAAGAGGGAAGAAAAAGGAACUUAACAGAGGAACGCUUAGGAUUGAUGGCAUCUUAAGUACACGUGGGAUCAAAAUGGAGGUUGAAAACGACACUCUUGAGGGAAAGCUCGGCACUGUGGAGAUGAAAUAUGCAGUUGUCAAAAAGGAGGCAGUGGAGGCUACUGUUGAAAUCAAGGUUCUCGAGGGAUGUUUCCAUGGAGAGGUCUCAGCCUGCACCACCAACAUCCAAGAUAUAUUUAUGCUUCUUGAUGGCAGGACUUGCGGUGCGAGGGCCGCCAAUCGCGACGCCCAAUUAUCGCGACGCGUCAUAGCCGUCCACCGUAAAGAGAAGCUUCUAUUGACCAUUGUUAAUCAGGAUGAUGCAGUUCCAUCUGGCUGUGUUACGCAAACCGUUGGUUUUACUCCAAAUAUCAAUGGUUCAGAAGAGACUGAAGUUACAUGUGGUAGUGUUAGGAUGGUUGUCAAGGUUACUUGGUCUCUUAUGCUUAUGUGGAAGUGUUAGGAUGCUUGUCAAGGUUGAAAGUUAAAAUUUUAGCUAAUAAGUAUAAACAUAAGUGGAAAGAUGGGGCUCGGAGACUCACGUAAUGUGCAUGAAAUAUGUGUUGCUUUACCUAUGAUUAUAUUAUAAUAUGCAAUAUUAUAUGCCAUUCCAAA